UGCAGCGUGCAUCGUUACAAUCAGAAAGUGAUUAGAAACCCCGUAGCGGAAGCAAAACGUGUGCCCUUCACUGACUGUAUCUAGUGGCAGUGUUGUGUUUGUUAUCAACUUGCUUAAUCAGCAGUGCCUCGACAUAGUAGGCAGGCGGUGGAGAUUAUCGGACAACCAUUUUGAACCCCUUUGUUGUGCGUGAAUGUUUAUGUUUCGGUCGGGGUAGCAAUGUAGUGUGUGAUGCUCCUUUGCAAUCGAUCCGUUUGAUGACUCAACAUCGUCCCGACACGGCACCAGGAAACGCCAGUAGUAAUCGGAUCACCGUGUGACAAACGCAUUCACGACCGAACAGUAAUGGAUUAUGCAACGAACUCCCGGCCCCUGCUGCAGGACACCGACGAUCGGGAAACGGACAGCGACGCGUUCCUGGACAAUGCCUAUGCGGGCUCUAUCAACGCCUCCAGCAGCAACAUUCCCGACGCUGCGAGAGAGCACGCCACGGAGACGCGCAUCGUCGGAUCCGGCCAACAGCUUCGAGUUGCCCCGUCCGACAAGUAUAACUAUACCUACUUAGUAUUCUACCUGAUGGGCAUGACGACGAUGGUACCAUGGAACUUUUUCGUUACGGCCGAAGACUACUGGCAGUAUAAGUUCCGGAAUGUGACCACGAACAACACGUCCCAGUUGACGCCGCGUCAGUUGGAGUUUCAGUCGGACUUGAGUAUAGCCGCGUCGGUGCCGGGAGUGAUCUUUCUCAUUCUGAACGCUUCCGUCGGCCACAAGAUACCUUUGCAUUUCCGGAUGAUUGGAUCCCUUGUCAUGAUGCUACUCAUCAUGAUCGGCACGACCGCUCUGGUGCGCGUCAAUACCGACCAGUGGCAAGAUGAAUUCUUCCACCUUACGAUGCUGACUGUCGUCGUCAUUAACAGUUUCUCGGCCAUCCUCACCGGAGGUCUGUUCGGUAUUGCCGGUCAGUUUAGUGCCAACUACAUGACGGCCGCCGUAAGCGGCCAAGCGCUGGGUGGCAUCUUUUCCGCCCUUGCCAACAUCAUAACCCUCAUCUACGCCUCAAAUCCCUCCACGACGGCGUUUGUUUUCUUCACCGUCGGAUGUCUGGUGCUGCUGUUCUCCCUCGUGGCCUACAUCGUCAUGUCACGGACGUUGUUUUUCAAGUAUUACAGCUGCACGAAGACGCUCAUGAAGAGCUCGCUGGAGGCCGAUCCGGCCGCGAGGGAUCUUUGUCCACGCGCGGAACCACGCGUUUUUACCAUACUAGGGAAGAUCUGGCUCUAUGGAUUCGUCGAAUGGCUGAUCUUCGUUACGACCCUAUCGAUCUAUCCGGCCGUCACGGUGCUCGUCGGGUCGCAGAACCAUGGGCGACCGUGGAAUGACGUGUAUUUCCUGCCUGUCGUAAACUAUCUGCUGUUCAACACCGGCGACUAUCUUGGGCGAGUUUUUGCCGGAAUGUUCGAGUGGCCCUGGAACAAUCCCAUCCUGAUCGGUGUACUUACGAUCGCCCGGAUAGCCUUCGUGCCGGCGAUGCUGCUGUGUAACAUUACGCAGCACCACAACUUCCCGGUGCUCAUCCAUUCCGACUACAUGUUCAUCGUGCUGAUGGCCGCGUUCGCCCUGUCGAACGGGUACCUCGCAAACAUCGCCCUGAUCGGGGCCCCGCGAGUCGUCGAGGCGCACGAGAAGGAGAUGGCCUCGUCGAUGAUGGCCGCAUUCCUCGGUAUCGGACUGGCGUGCGGGUCCGCCAUCAGUCUGAUGAUAAUCGAAAUGAUCAAGUGAUACAACUUUCCGGAGCGGACCGUUUAGGAAACCGGGCGGUCGCACUCCAUUCGUUCAUAGACCAAAUACAUCUACUAUAUAUAAUUAUACAAAUAAUAAUCUAUUUACAAACGCAAACGAAAAGACAGAAAAGGUUUAGCGGCGGUUCCGGGCAUGCUGUUUUUUGGGCCCGCUGCCACAACGAAGCAAGAAACCCACGUGAAAAGAAAACAAACCAACGUCUCGCGUCGAUAUUAUGUUAGUUGUAAUUGUUAUCACACUCGCCAUUAUCAACUCUUGUUAGACAUUCGGGGGCGGUGAAAGUGAAAGAUAUUUCUUGUUCUUUUUUUGUAUUUCCCGUUGUUAGUAGUGUGAAAGCAGAAGGGAUGACAGAUUUACAUACAGGGUGACUUUAUUUUUCAACCUUUAACUAGCGUUUAGAGAGGGUGAGAAUAGCGAAAACGUGCACCAAUAUGGUGACAAGAACGAGAAGACGACGAAGAAAAACUGUCCAAUAUCGGUAGGAAUAAAAAAUAAUGUCUAAUGAUAUACACAUGCGUACCAUGUAAGGACUCCUAUUGAAGCGAUUCUCAAGAAGUGCAUUGAAGCAAACUGACGCCACUAGCAAGUAAAAUGGGACUGUUAAAAUUUAGCAUCUUUUUUCGUUUGUAGUAGGCUGUUCUUCACUGGAAGAAAACGAUUUCAAAUGUUCGCGUUGGCAUAGAGUAUAAUAAUAGCGCAAAGCUUUUAUUUAAUUAAACUUUCUGGGGAACAGGGCAUGAUAGCUAAUAUAAAUUUAAUUUAUUCAAAUUCUCAGUCUUUGGAACAUGAAAUCAAAAUUGAUUACGUAUAAUUAACUUUACCCUAGUGAAGUCAAGUCUAAUUUUCGACUGUCCCAUUUUGCUUCAUAGCGACCAAUUUAUCUAUUGAAAGGGGAGUAAAACAAAAUACAGGCAAUAUUUACAUAAUCAAACCUGGAGGAAAUAAAAGUAAUCCAAUAAAAUAAAUCGUGGUUCAAAAACCGC